CUUCUCCAGCUUUUGCAAUUCGGAUGCUCUUAUAAAAAGAUGCAUCGCGCGCGCAUAUCGAUAUCAAUUCUCUUAGCCCCGUUGCUAUAUGUUGUUGGGGUUCUUGCCAACCAAGGUUCUGCUGCGGACGUGUCCGCAUUGAAUCAAAAGGUCGGCAGAGCGAACAAUGAAUCACUGUUAUGGGGUCCCUAUAAACCAAAUCUCUACUUCGGAGUGCGUCCCCGGCUCCCAAAUAGCUUAUCUGCCGGAUUGAUGUGGUCGAAGGUGGAGGAUUACAACUCUGUCCAGCGCAACCUUAGACACACGUGCGAACAAAAUGAGGGCAUGGCAGGCUAUGGCUGGGACGAAUACGAUAUCAGAAAAGGUGGCCGAGAAACAAUACACGACGCCGGAAACACACUAGACCUGACAAUCGACUUCGUCAAGGUUCCUGGUGGCCAGCAUGGAGGAAAUUGGGCAGCUCGUAUCAAGGGAGUUCCUCGUGAAGAAGGAUCCGAUGAGCAAAUCACGACUGUGGUCUUCUAUGCGACCCUCGAGGGACUUGGAAACAUUGGAGUUGCGACAGAUUCUGAUGGCCGCGGUUUUGAGGGCGACGUGAAGUUUACUGGCAAUACUCUGGAUCUUGGAGAUUUCUCACUCGAUGUCACUGCGGGGCCUGAGACCAAUGAGCAUCCCUUUUAUGACCACCCCAGCUAUGAGGACAAGCCUCUGGACCGGAGCAUUGUGUCCAGUUUGUUUUUGGAAGCGCAGCUUCUUUGGCAAUCAAAACUUAUCCUAUUCUCCCAGUUGAAGAGCCAGGUUGAAGGCUAUGUCGAGAAGUACGGCCAAACGAACCCACCACCGCCAGCGCAGGUGUUUACUAUCAAGAAUGAACCGGGCGAUGGCAAUGUUCAUUUGGUGGAGAAAGUUUUCAAGGGACCCUUCGAGUUCGAUAUUCUCUUCUCGUCCGGAUCCUCGCCGGCCCCCAUGACCUCUGAGACUCUCACCAAAGAGAUUGAAAGUGCUUCGCUCUCCUUUAACCAACGCUUCGACCAGAUUCUGUCUCCCAAAACUCCGUUCGACUCUCCCAAAUACUCCGAGUUCUCAAAGGCAAUGUUUUCAAACCUCGUCGGUGGCAUUGGCUUCUUCCAUGGGACAGAUGUUGUUGAUCGCUCUGCUGCACCGGAGUACGAGGAGGAGAAUGAAGGGUUCUGGGAAGAAACAGCAGAGGCGAAAGCUCGUGCGCAACCUGUCCUUGAAGGACCGAAAGAUCUUUUCACUUGCGUUCCUUCUCGCACGUUCUUCCCGAGAGGCUUCCUUUGGGAUGAAGGGUUUCAUUUGAUUCCUAUUGUUGAAUGGGAUAUGGAUCUGGCGCUUGAGAUCGUGAAAAGUUGGCUUAAUCUAAUGGACGAAGAUGGUUGGAUUGCCAGGGAGCAGAUCUUAGGCGCUGAAGCUCGCAGCAAAGUACCGCCUGAAUUCAUGGUUCAAUAUCCCCAUUACGCCAAUCCUCCUACCCUCUUCAUAAUUCUGGAGGCCUUCAUUGAUAAACUCAAAGAUCAACAGCCUCGCUCCGAGGAAAUGGUGGAGAGAAUCCGCUCGGCGCACUUGGAUAAUCCGGAGUUGGCUGACGCUUAUCUUCGUUCGAUUUACCCAUUGCUGAAGAGACAUUAUUUCUGGUACAGGAAGACCCAGAAGGGUAACGUUAAAGGCUAUGACCGGCAGGUCUUCUCGACCAAGGAAGGGUACCGCUGGCGCGGUCGCUCUGUGCAGCACAUCUUGACGUCCGGUUUAGAUGAUUAUCCUAGGGCGCAGCCACCUCACCCUGAUGAACUUCACGUGGAUCUAAUCAGCUGGAUGGGAAUGAUGACCCGUUCACUUCGCCGCAUUGCUGAGGUUCUCUCGGAGACCGAAGAUGUGGAAGAGUUCAAGUCUUAUGAAGUUGCAAUUGGGCACAAUAUCGAUGAUCUCCACUGGGACGAUCCAGCGCAGACAUACUGUGACGCGACCAUCGACGAGUACGAAGAGGAUAUCCAUGUUUGUCACAAGGGAUAUAUCUCCAUAUUCCCCUUCCUGACAGGCAUGGUGGGCCCCGAGAGCCCCCGACUCAAGCCGAUUCUGGAUCUUAUCAACGACCCCGAGGAGCUGUGGAGCGACUAUGGUGUUCGGAGUUUGAGCAAGAAAGACGAAUUCUAUGGUACUGAUGAGAACUACUGGAGGAGCCCUGUGUGGGUCAACAUCAACCAUCUGGUGUUGAAAAAUCUCUAUAACAUUGCAACCACGGCUGGGCCACACCAGGAGCAAGCCCAAGACAUGUAUUCCAGACUGCGGAGAAACUUGGUUGAAAACGUGUUCCGGGAGUGGAAGAGAACCGGAUUCGCCUGGGAACAGUAUAACCCAGAAACUGGCCAGGGCCAGCGGACGCAGCAUUUCACCGGCUGGACCAGCUUGGUCGUGAAGAUGAUGUCUAUGCCCGACCUUCCUGCAGGCAAGAAGACGGCCCAUGAUGAGCUAUAGGGGAAGCUAUAGAAGAAUGUAUAGUAUGGCGU